CUCCCUUUAGCCCGCGCGCUAGCAGGUUUACCGGAAUAUCAAGGUUAUUACAUUAAUAAACAACACAUUUCCAGACCGCGACGUAGCGAUAUAUAAUAAAUACUACAUGAUAUUUAUGCUUAGUAUGUUUUUAAUAGAAUAACAUAGAUAACAGACAGCACUAAUAACACAUUUAGCCGCGCGCCUUACAGGACUGGACUCAAAUAAACUCAUCAGUAGUCGCUCCCGCGCUGACCGGAAGCGCGCAGAGAGUGGACGCGCUUGAACAGGAAGCACUUCCGCGCGCCGCAAACGGACGUGGCAUAAGAGCCGUUGUUUUGGUCUGAUCAACACCGUCGGUUAUUAAUUAUCAUUGAUUUGUUUUCGAGAUUAUGGCCUCCGGCGCGGGCAGAUGGGAGGUGGUGAAGAAAGGAAAGAAACAGAAUAUUAGCAGCAGCUCUGGAGGAACACCCCAGGAGAAGAAAUCCGUCCGGAGUGACACCAACACUGACAGCAGCUACGUGAUGUCUGAGACCAUAUUCAACAGCUUUGAGAAGAUGGAGCAGAAGGAGCAGGUUCCUCCACCGGCUGAGACCCAGCAGAAGAAGCCCAGGUGUGAGUCAUCAUGUCAGAAGAACUGCUCUGAUGCUGUGUCUGUGUGUCUAGAUUACCCAUACUGCCUCGCUGGUAAGGAGCUGAGAGCCGUAAUCAAAGCCCUGCUGGCCAGAUGUUCAGACGCGCUGCCCGAGUUCUUUGACCACUGCGUGUUUACGAUGCUGCGAGAGCAGGACCUGCAGGCCGGCGAGUGUCUGCACGGCUACAGGAUGUGCAUCCAGGCUCUGGUGCAGGUCAAACCUCAGAUCGUCUCGCUGAAGCUGCCUGACCACCUGGAGCUGCUGCGCUCUCAUCAGAACCGGCCGGUCAAGUGUCUGACCAUCAUGUGGGCUCUGGGACAGGCGGGAUUCUACGACCUCAGCCAGGGCCUCAGAGUUUGGUUGGGGAUCAUGCUUCCUGUUCUCGGGAUGAAGGCUCUGUCUGCGUAUGCCAUCACUUAUCUGGAGCGCCUCCUCACUCUUCAUGCCAACCUGACCAAAGGUUUCGGGGUCAUGGGGCCGAAGGAGUUCUUCCCGCUGCUGGACUUUGCCUAUAUGCCCAAAAACGCCUUGUCCCAGAGUCUGCAGGAGCAGUUGUGUCAGCUUUACCCGCGGCUCAAGGUUCUGGCGUUCGGAGCCAAACCUGAAUCGACGCUGCACACGUACUUCCCCUCCUUCCUGUCACGAGCCACGCCGAACUGCCCUGACGCCAUGAAGAAAGAGGUCUGUCUCCGGAGCCUGACGGAGUGUCUGACGGUGGACGGACAGAGUUUGAGCGUCUGGAGGCAGUUAUACACCAAACACCUGUCGCAGUCCAGUCUUCUGCUGAGUCACCUGCUGCAGUCCUGGAGCACUCUUCCACCGAAGUUGCAGAAAAACCUUCAGGACACCAUCCAGUCGUUCAGAGUGACCAAUGACGAGCUGCAGAGCAGCACAAACACACAGCACAUCAGCGACUGCAGCUCGCUCUGCCACUCUCUGCAGCAGAAGAUGCAGGGUCGGGGUUACCCCUGGUGGCGCGUGCUGAUGAUGUCACUGGUGUUCGUGGCGGGCUUCAUCGCGCAUGACGUCCGGUCGCAGGGCUCGUUCGCCGACUCCACCACAGCGCUGUAUCUGGAGAGGUCAGGGGUCACGGCCGUAUCCCAGCAGGCCUGGAGUAAAGUAUCACACUGCGGCCAGCAGGGCGUCAGCUGGCUGUUAGAGAACACGCCGUAUUAUUACUCGCGCGCGCUGGAGGCCGCGGGUUAUUUGUUGGGGGAGAUGGGGGGCGGGGAUGACUCUGAUGGGACAUUGAUUGCAGUGAUUGUGUUGGUUCUUCAGGUGCGUGCGAACACUCCGGAGAGCGUGUUUGAGUUCAUGGAGUACGUGAAGCAGCUGCUGCUGUUCGUCCAGGAGCACAUCAUCGUCCCGGCGCUGCAGUAUCUGAAGACGGAGCUGCAGCACGCCUGGAAGAGCCUGCAGGAGUCCUGCGACGGCGAGGUGUCGCUCCACUGCUUACAGAAUCACCUGAGAUCCUUCACCAACAGCACCUGGGUUUACCUGCAGGACGCCACGUCUGCCGCCAAGAGCCGCGCGCAGGAGCUGCUGUCGCGAGCGUGAUCUCAACCACACCCUGCUGAGCCGUGAUCAUGUCCCUUUGUUUUCAAUUUGCAUGAUUUUAUAUCUGUUGUACUGACGGUUCUGUCUUUUAUGCAGAUGUUUUUCAUGGUGUUUAUUAGCUCUGUGUGGAUCACUAAUGACUACUGCUGCUGGCUGAGCGCUGUACUUGAACACUGAAUGACCUGAUGGAUGAUUUACAACAAAAACAUCAUCCACGGAGUCAAAAAAACCUGCAUCUCCUGCCAUCAGGCUCCAGAAUGACAGGGUUGCUAUGGAAACCACAUUGUUAAACUACAAUGUAUCAUUUGAAGCAGGCGUGUGUCCUGUGAGAUGAGCUGAUUCGUUACUUUGUAAAUGAUUUAUAAAUAAACAGACCAAUGCUGUUCA